AUAACAUCAUCAGCAUAUAAAUAAGCUUCUUCUCACUUGUUUCCUCGUUCUUCGCUUUCAUUUUCUUCUUCCACAUACUGAGAAGAGGAGAAUAAUUUAUUGAAGAUGCCACAAGAGAGCUUCCAUAAUCCAUUUUUCACUUCUCCUUCAAAGAGAGGAUUGAAGGGUUUGGUUCCUAACAACAACAACAAUAAUAAUAAUGAAGCUUCUUCAAAGAAUGCCAUAGCAAUAAUAGAGGAAAGUUUCAAUGAUCAUGAAUUGGCUCAAAGAAAGGCAGAGGAAGCAGCUUCAAGGAGAAACCAAGCAUCAGAAUGGGUUCGAGAAAUGGAUGAAGCAGCAAAAGCAUUGCUCCCAAAAGAACCAUCAGAAGAAGAAUUCCGCAAUGCGCUUCGGAAUGGACUCAUUCUUUGCAAUGUCCUCAACAAAGUCCACCCUCGUGCUGUUUACAAAGUGGUGGAGAAUGGUGGGGUUGCGGUCCCAAGCGCAGAGGGCGCAGCACACUCUGCAAUUCAAUAUUUUGAGAAUGUCAGAAACUUUUUGGAGGCUGUCAAAGAUAUGCAGCUUCUCACUUUUGAAGCUUCUGAUUUGGAGAAGGGUGGUUCAUCAAACAAAGUAGUAGACUGUAUUCUAUGUUUGAAAGGGUACCAUGAAUGGAAGUUAUCCGGUGGAGAGGGAGUAUGGAAGUAUGGUGGAACUGUGAGAAUUACUUCAUUUCCAAAGAGAUCUUCUCCUUCUUCAUUAUCCACAAUUGGAAGUGAUCAAAGUAGUGGUGAUGAUCAAUCAUUGUUGGAUGAACAAAUAGAGGCAUCACAAUAUGAACACUUGUUAGAGUUUCUUCAACUUUCUCAAGAGUUGUUGAUUCAAGAAGCAAGAACUGCAAACACUCUCUCUUUCCUUUUUGAUCACUUUGGACUCAGGCUUCUUCAGGCAUACCUUAGAGAAACUGAUCACAUUCAAGAUCUGCCUUUCAAUGCAAUGGUAAUUGAUACCCUUCUUAGCAAGGUAGUCAAAGAUUUCUCAUCCUUGCUUACUUCCCAAGGCACUCAGCUUGGACUUUUCCUGAAGAAGAUACAGAAAGGUGAUAUUGGGUGCCUAUCAAAGAGAGAGUUCAUAGAAGCUAUCUCACUAUAUCUUAAUCAAAGAAGUAAUUUGGCAUCAAAUGAUUUCUCCAAAUUCUGCAUUUGUGGUGGUAAACGUGAAAAUAUCCGCCAUAACAAUAAUAAUAAUGGCAAUUAUUCCUCCAAGCAUAUUGAAGUAAUCAAUAACCAACAGAAGCAACUUGAGGAAAUGAAAUGCUUUUUUGAAGAGACAAAAUUGGAGGUCAAACAAAUUCAGUCAGAAUGGGAGCAAGAAAGUAGUGGGCUAGAGGAACAUAUCAAGAGCCUUGAAGUGGCCUCGUCUUCCUAUCAGAAAGUUUUGGAAGAGAAUCGUAAUCUUUAUAAUCAAAUACAAGACCUCAAAGGAACCAUUAGGGUGUAUUGUAGAGUGAGGCCAUUCUUACAAGGACAAUCAAAUGGAGAGUGUACAGUAGAUUAUAUUGGAGAAAAUGGAGACAUGAUGAUUGUGAACCCCCUUAAGCAAGGCAAAGAUUCUAGAAGGGUAUUUUCAUUCAAUAAGGUGUUUGGAACAACCAUAACACAAGAGCAAAUAUAUGGUGACACUCAACCACUAGUGAGGUCUGUUUUAGAUGGUUAUAAUGUGUGCAUAUUUGCGUAUGGACAGACCGGCUCAGGAAAGACUUAUACAAUGAGUGGUCCUGAUCUUACAAAUGAAGAGACAUGGGGUGUAAACUAUAGGGCUUUGCGUGACUUAUUUGAUAUAUCGAAGGAAAGAACAAAUGCCAUAAAAUAUGAAGUUUAUGUUCAGAUGAUUGAGAUAUACAAUGAACAAGUCAGAGACUUGUUAGUCAUUGAUGCCUCUAAUAGAAGAUUAGAUAUACGAAACAACUCUCAACUAAAUGGUCUAAAUGUCCCUGAUGCAUUCAUAGUUCCAGUCACUUGUACCCAAGAUGUUCUUGAUUUGAUGAGAAUCGGUCAGAAGAAUCGCGCCGUGGGUGCUACUGCGCUAAAUGUUCGAAGCAGCCGUUCUCACAGUGUUCUAACCGUUCAUGUUAGAGGGGUGGAAGUGGUUUCGAAUUCGAUUCUUCGGGGUUGUCUCCACCUAGUUGAUCUGGCCGGAAGUGAAAGAGUUGAUAAAUCUGAAGCUGUUGGUGAAAGACUAAAAGAGGCUCAAUAUAUAAAUAGGUCACUCUCUGCACUUGGAGAUGUUAUCUCUGCUCUUGCACAAAAAAGCCCUCAUAUUCCUUAUAGAAAUAGCAAGCUCACACAAGUCUUACAAGAUUCUUUAGGUGGGCAUGCAAAAACUUUGAUGUUUGUUCACAUAAAUCCUGAGGUUAAUGCAAUUGGGGAGACACUUAGCACACUCAAGUUUGCUGAAAGGGUUGCAUCCAUUUCACUUGGUGCUGCUCAAACUAACAAAGAAACUGGAGAGAUCCGACAACUAAAGGAAGAGAUUGCAGGUCUGAAGUUGGCAUUAGAAAGGAAGGAAACAGAACUUGAACAAUGGAAGAAUGGGAAUAACUCUAGAAAUGCCAUUGAAUCACAGAAAGGAAGAGCUAUUUCACCUUAUCGCUUGCCCAAAUAUGGAAACACUAGUGCCACCAUGAAAUCAGAGACUUGUCAGAGACCAACACCAACAGAUGAUAAAACUUUUGAGGGGAGGAGUUGCUCAUCGGGUAAGCAAAGAAGGUCAAGGUUCCCUUCAGCAUUGGAUUCACCAAUGGCAAAAAUGGAAAACAUUAAUUCCCAUAAAGGAAGAUCUCCAUCACCUCCAGUUAUAAGGAGAUCACAAUCCACAGAAAGAGGUUCAUCAGUCAUUAAAAUCAAGGUCAAAAUCGACACAGCAGAUAACAAUAACAAUAAUAACCACCAAACCCAACCAAUCAUCAAGCAUCCAUUCCCAUCUAGUAGGAAACUUCAUCAAGAAAUUAACGAAGAAGAACAAUUCAAGCAAGCACUUAGUGUAGUAAGGCAAGGUGGUAUUAGAAAAAUCACUAAGCUUGAUGGUAACAAUAAUAAUAAUAAUUAUUAUUAUAAUAAGGGUAAGGCUAAGAAUAAUAAUUGUCAAUUAUUAUCACCCUUUAAGAUUAAUGAAAAGCAUGAUAUGGUGAUGCCUACUGCUACAUUUGGUGAAAUUGCUUUGGAGUCACCAAGAACAAGUGAUUAUUCAGAUCAGUCAGAAAAUAGCCUUGGCUUUACUGAAUCUGUUACAGAUUGUGGCGGUUUAAAUCUAACCAAGAUGCGUGAUAACUUUCCAAGGACUUCUCAUAAUCUUUUUGGUUCAAGAGGAAUGGUGCAAGGAGGAGAACCAUUAUCAGCUAGCAGAGUUGAGAACAAAUUUUUGAGUGGUUCAGGAGGUAGUAAUACUAAAGAAUCAAGUAAGACAGUAACCAUGCCUGAAUUUAGAAGGAGCAGAUCUACCCCACGUGGAAAGUUUCUUGGUUUAUCAUGAAGAUUUCAUCUUAAUCAGUUAUUUUCCUAUAUUAUAUACCUUUAUAUAUAUUUAUUUACUUUUGUACAGAAGAUACUACUCCAGCAAUUUUAUAUCACAUAAUUUCAUACAGACUUUGAAGGUUUUUUGAGACUAAUUAAUUAAUUU